AAAACUACCAAAAAUCUAUACAGCCACGGCAAAAAUGUCGUUCAACAAGAUACCUAUACUAUUCCUUUUACUAAUCACAACCAUAAAUGGACAAAUGGAAGAAGACUAUAUGAUUAUAUCAGGGAGAUACCUCAACUCUUCGGUGGAAAACGUCCGUUUGAAGAACCCUGGACGGCCUACCCCAGCAUACCCUACCUCUCUAGGAUACCUCUUCAUCUUCAUGACCCUCCUUAUAGGAGUGAUCGUGAGGGCUAUAAUGCUACGUCUAGGAAUGUGUAUACCAUACAGAGUGGUGAUGUUCACUCUCGGAGGGUUCGCUGGCUUCUGCGCGAAUAGGUAUCCUAGCGUGAAACCUAUCGUGCAAGUCUGUUUUAUUGACGUGAAUAUUCUGCUUGUAGCGUUUCUACCAGUGAUGAUAUUUCGGACGUCCUAUAGUGUUGAUGCCCAUUCCUUUUGGAAGAGUAUCCCCCAAAUUUUACUAGUUGGUGUACCUGGAGCCUUGCUCACAGCGCUCAUGGUAGCAUUUAUGGCAUUCUACCUGAUUGAGUCGUCGUGGGAUUUCGCUACUGCCUUCCUAUUUGGGAUCACAUGCUCCCCUAUAUACCCUUUGGAAGUCGUGAGGCAAUUGAAGACGAUGUCUAAAGGGAAGUACAUAGGAGUCUUACUGCUUGGAGAAGGGCUGAUGGGGGAUGUCACAGUCAUGAUCGAGUUCACAGCAGUAUUGGGCUACAUAUCGUAUGCCAUGACAGAAGCUGCGCAGAUUACUUUGUUCCUGAUACGAUACGCAGGCGGGGGGUUAUUGCUAGGACUAGUGCUGGGAAAGUUUACCGACACCCUUCUAUCGAUAACGUAUAACGAUCUUCUGUGCGCGGUGACAGUGACUGUCGCUGGGGCGUAUCUAACGUUUUAUAUCGGUGAAAAGUUUCUCUAUGUUUCUGGGUUGUUGGGCACGGUGAUUAUAGGUGUGCUAGUGAGUAACAAGAAGUCGACCAUAGCUGGGGACGUGGAACAAGUGCUGUCUACAUUCUGGGGGAUACUGGCCCAUGCGGCGAACACUCUAGUGUUCACUAUGGUUGGCGUGGUGAUUUUUGAGAAAGUUAGUGAUGUGCUCAGCGUCCGGCAGGUGUCGCUGAUAUUUGUGACGUAUACCACUGUUUUUUGCUCGAGGUUGAUGGUAUACUCAGCGAUGACCCCCUUACUUCGUCACGUGGGGUACGGCAUGACGUGGCAGCACUGCCUGGCGUGUGUAUGGGGCGGGCUCAGAGGGCCACUGUCACUCUGUCUGGCACUCCUCGUGCUGCAGACUCCUUUCUUGACUCAGGCUGGAGAGAUCUUCAUAAUCCAAACUGCUGGUCUAGUGAUCCUCUCUCUCAUCAUAAACGCUACGAGUAUGACAAAAGUCCUCAAAGUUCUCGGCUUAGCGGAGAUCUCCCUUGCAAAGAAGGCCAAUAUGACUAACUGUGUGAAACGGAUCAUGAUGACUAGGGACCGAUGUAUCUCCAUGCUGAAGAUGGAUAAAUUCCUCGCUGAUGCUAACUGGGAUCUGGUCACUGUUGGCACAACAAUAAAGCACCCGUACCAGCUGCAGAUGUCGGGCAGGGACGAGGACAGCGAGGACGACACGUACAUGGGCUACCACUACACCACCUGCCCCGACUGCGAGCGGGAGAUACCCAACGAACCCACCAAGAAGGAGUUUGCUGAGAUGACCAAGGAGGCAUACCAGCGCGUGCUGAAAGCUCUAAAGAUCUCGUACUGGCGUCAGUAUGAGCAUGGUAAAGUGAGUAAGGACGGAGUGAGGGUCCUGGUGCAGGCGGUAGAGGUCGCUGCCGAUUCCGACGACGGGAGGGUCAAUCUGGACACUCUGGGGACUCUGUGGAAGCCUAAGGCGUACGCGGUGUGGCUUCGCCGUAAGCUGGUGAACGUGAUUACUCCCGAAACGGCUAACGCACAAGUACCUCGACAGAGAUGGCGGCAGCAGUGCCACAGGAUUGUGACGACGGUGUGGUUCGACCUGUUCAUAUACCUGAUGAUCCUGUGCAACACGCCCGUCAUACUGUGCGAGGUGGCCAUGCCCGCGCCCGUCUCGCCCACCGCCAUGAUCACUAUCAAGUCGCUUAAUUUAUUCUUCUACACAAUCUACGUGCUGGAGAUGAUCAUGAAGAUGUGUGCGUUCGGCUUCUGCGGGUACUUCAAGUCGCACUGGAACAAGCUCGACUUCUUCAUCAUCGUCAUGGCCACCAGCGAUCUAGUCCUAGACGUGCUAGAUGCCCUAACGACCUGGGACAAGUGGAGUAACUUCAACUCCAGCUUCAUAACCGCCACCAAGUUGUUGAGGAUGCUCCGGUUCCUUCGCCUGUGCAAACUGGCCAGAGUGUCGGUGCCCAAGAUAAUGGCGUACAUAGACCGUAUGAUUGACAUACAGCUAGCGUUUGGAUACGAUGUCGGAAAGGGUUUCGUGACGGGAGCCCAAGAAGUAUGCACGCUGCUCCCCCAGCUAGUGGACAACAAACAGAUACAAGACAUGCUCACUGCACAGCUGGAUAACGAUAGGUUGGCAGUGACCCGGCAGCUCGGGCUGCUGCAGAGAGACAGGCCGUGGACCGCCAUCACCGUGAAGACCCGGCAGGCCACCACCUCCACGCUCAACAUCAUGAUCCUGGACGCCAUGCAGCUUAAGGAGGAAGGUUUCUUGGACGAAAUGGAGUACAGAUUACUGCUGAGUGCGAUUCGAGAAAAAAUUCAAAUGUGUCGCCACAAAGGCAGCUUGGUGGCGCCCUCUUCGCCUGAAACCCAACUCCGCGCAGUGUCGUGGCUGCAAGGCAACGAGCGGAUAGCGGACUUCUUCCUGGAACACUCCGACAUACUCAACUUUAACAUCAACGAUAUACUCAUCUCUAGAGGAGACGAGCCAAAAGGCCUGUACAUCCUGGUGUCUGGCCUGCUGGAGGCCACGUACAUCCCGCCGGACGACGACAUCGACGAGGCCAUCCCCAACUACGAGUUCAUCACCGACCUCAAGUUCGGCGAGCCCAGCCAGGACUACAUCGUGUCUGGGAACGCUGUGGGAGUGCUGGGGGUGCUAACGAACCGCCCGUACAGCUACACGGUCCGCUGCGACUCCGCGGUACAAGCCUACUACAUCACCAUGCCCGUCAUCAAGGAAGCGUUCAACCUGGCGCCGCAUCCUAUCAUGGGUCUGGAAGCGUCGAUGUGGCGCGAGAUCGGCAUCAAGCUGAGCAUGAUGGUCCUGCCGACGGUGCCGGCCUACCACGGCUGGCCCGUCGACCGACUCAGCAUGAGGCUCGAACAUGCCUUCGUACCCUGCCUUAAGGCUUUUAAAGUGUUUGUGGUGAACGAGUUGAUGGAGGACAUCGUGCUGCUGGACGGCAUCUGCCAGGACAUGGCCACCAGGGAGGUGUUCCAGCCACCCGCCUACAUACCUAGGACGGCCCACCGCCUAAUAUUCCCGAAGUCGUCCCAGCUGAUAGUGUCGGGCAGCUGCCCCGAGACCAAGCUGCUGAUAGUGCCGGCCAAGGAUACCGACGAACUCGACAUACUGGAGGACGAGAUCGAUGACUUGCAGUGCGAGCUGAUAUCAAACGUGUCAUCUCGUUGCCUGUACCACCGCGUGGCGAGACGCAUCUCCACAGAGUCCCGCGCCGCGGUGUCGCGCAGUAGGCGCGGCAAGCGACGCCGCGCGGGCAAGCGGGUCAACUACCGCGAGUCUGUUUGGGGGAAGCAGAUCUCUUCGCAGAUAAUGAACGGUGCGAGCGAGAGGGAUGUGUCGUCCAAGUAUUUCAAAUGUUAG